CUACAGAGAACGACUCUAAAUUUCUGUCGUUUGUUCAAACUGAGGAUUAAUUGUGUGCGAGAUGUCGAUGAGAACUCUUCCCAUAGUUUUGCUGAGUCUGGGGGGCGAGAUGCUUUACAUACUGGACCAACGACUGGAAGCACAAAACACUUCCAGGGACAACUCAGAGAAAGAAAAAGCCACAGGAUUGUGGUCUGAACAAGACAGACACAGAGUGAUGAACGACAUCGUGGGGACCAUGUUCAGCAAAGCCUUCAUGGACGAGCUUCUGAAGCCCCAGCCGAUGUAUUCUCACAGGACCAUGAAGGUCGUCCUAACCCGUUUGGCGCACGUCUCCAUCAUGAGGCUCAACCCCGUCAGUAUGGAGAAGCUGUACGAGCUGAUGAUCAUGGCCUUCAAGUAUCAAGUCUUCCUGUGCCCACGCCCUAAAGACCUGCUGCUCAUCACAUACAACCACAUCGACGCCAUCAGGGAGUUUGUAAAAGGCACCCCUGCGGUCGUAAACAAUGUGGACGAGACACACAGGAGGAUUAUUGAGAUCUACUCCGCUAUGACAGCAGGAGAAUUCCAGCUUCUUCGACAAACGCUCCUCACAUUCUUGCAGGACACGCAUGUUCGAGUGGCCAUGUUCCUUAAAAAUCUCAUCCAGAAUCCCAACGGUCGUUUUGCACUGUCAGCAUCAGGCCCAAUGCCUCAUGGGGUAGACCUUCCUGGAACCAUCAGAAUAUUUGACACUAAGGGACGAAAAGUGCGACAGAGACACUUCCCUUCAGGAGGAAGUUACAGCGUCCCCAAUAAAGAAGGAUCGUUUGGCCUGCAUGGAGACCGAGUCCUCAGACUGGGCAUGAACAUGUACACUGUGAACCUGGCAGAGGAACCAUCCAAGUCUCCCUCAGUGAACACAGACAACUUAACUCCGAACCUGCUGGCGAAAGAGGAGCUCAAUCUGCUGGCCCGUCUGAUGGGCAACGUUGAGAUUGAGAAUGUGUCCGCUGGUGAAAGUGGCUUUCAGAUCAACCUGUUUGGCGCGAGGCAAGAGGAUGAGACAGGAGCUGCGGGUGGAGCUGAGGACUCACCAGGAGUGAUAAGUAUCCAAGCAUUGCAGGAUGAAUAUUCCGCAACUCAACUGUCUCAAAUAGCCAGACUUUUUGCAGAACAAGAGGCUACCACUGAAAACGUGAACAGCAGCAAAGGAGACAACUUGCUCGCCAUGAUGGACGAACUCUGACCUUUGUGUUUAGUUUCAGUUAGUCACUGUGACAUGUUACUGCUUCAGCUUAAUGGGGCCCCAUUAUGCAAAACCUACUUUUCCUACCUCCUGUUACCUGCUGUCCUGUAUUUGGGAUCUGCAUAAGUCCCGAAAAUUGUAUAUUAUUCCUUAUAGAUAUCCUUCAUACUUCCAGUAAACGAGCCAUUUAGAAUUUGCCCCAUUAGUGCAUUUUUGUCAUUAGCGGAUUAUCAAUAUACGGUAGAGAUUUACCCAAAGUGCUUUGCGCGAGUCCGCCAUUGUAGUCAGACGCUGAAGUCAAUCAGCUCCUUUUUGGCAAUCUUGUUGUGGGGCAGACUGGCUCGCACAUGCACAUGCAUCAUCCGCUCUUGCCAUUUCUAAUACAAAGUAGCGUAAAUACUUCGAACUUGUUAGUAGACUCCAUAUGGAGGAGCUAAAAACUACAACAAAGAUGGCGGGAGAAGACAGAUGAAGUGGAGCCACGCACUAAACAGCGCAUCCUGAAGAGAUGGUUUAGGAACCGGCUAGAAAAUGGUCUGUAAAACAUAAGCUAUGCAAUAUUUCUCACUAUCACAUUUUAUGUAGCGCACAAGGAAGUGUUUUGAAUGUAGGAAAGUAAUCACAAUAUGACCCCUUUGAUGGCUAAAUUGGCUACUAAGUUAUAGUACCACAUUCUUCACAUAAAACGGUACUCUGUUGUUGACUUUUGGACGAAACAUAUUCAGUUUUAUGCCCAGUUUACAGGUGUCAUAACUAUUUGAUUGUUAACAUACUAAAUAUAUUGUAGUCUUCAUUUUAUUUGGUGACAGUGUUAAUUCACAAAAAUACAAUACUUUUACUGUAUUUUCUAGGGCUGUGAAUCUUUGGGUGUCCCACGAUUCGAUUCACUAUCGAUUCUUGGGUCACGAUUCGAUUCUAAAUCGAUUUUUUUUUCUUCGAUUCAACGCGAUUCUCGAUUCAAAAACGAUAUUUUCCCAAUUCAAAACGAUUCUCUAUUCAUUCAAUACAUAAGAUUUCAGCAGGAUCUACCCCAGUCUGCUGACAUGCAAGCAGAGUAGAUUUUUGUAAAAAGCUUUUAUAAUUGUA